UCGUUUCUUUCUCAUUCCAACAGGUGAUCUACACGUAUAUUUAUUUCCAUUUCAAUCGAUCGGUAUUCUGUAGUAGUCCGCCUUUGCCGUGUCUUCCGUUGCUGUCUUCCUUCGAAGCUUCUCCCUCUCAUACUCUCUCACUCUCUCUGUGUGUACAUAAACAUGUAUAUAUAGGAAUUUACACUCAAAUCCGGUAUUAUUAAGCAUGAAGUUCGAUGCAAGUGGUCUCGAGUCCCACGUGCUGCGUGGCGGAGUGAGCGAUGACCUUCUCAGUGUGUUCCCAACUGCUCCAUCUUUUGAGAUUCCUGGUGCAACCGAUUUUGAUGGAUUUCAGAAAGAAGCUAUCCAAAUGGUGAAACCGGCAAAGGGCACAACAACGCUGGCUUUCAUUUUCAAGGAUGGUGUAAUGGUUGCUGCUGACUCCCGUGCUAGCAUGGGAGGCUACAUCUCUUCACAAUCUGUGAAGAAAAUUAUUGAAAUUAACCCGUACAUGCUCGGCACAAUGGCUGGUGGAGCAGCUGAUUGCCAAUUCUGGCAUAGAAACCUGGGCAUUAAGUGCCGACUGCAUGAACUUGCAAACAAGCGAAGAAUUUCAGUUACGGGGGCCUCAAAGCUAUUAGCAAACAUCCUUUAUAGUUACCGUGGAAUGGGUUUGUCUGUGGGAACCAUGAUUGCUGGUUGGGAUGAAACGGGUCCUGGGCUGUACUACGUGGAUAGUGAGGGAGGACGUCUGAAGGGAAUGAGAUUCUCUGUUGGAUCUGGUUCACCUUAUGCUUAUGGAGUUCUGGAUAGUGGCUAUCGUUAUGAUAUGUCAGUGGAAGAAGCUGCAGAGUUGGCUAGACGUGCCAUAUAUCAUGCUACAUUCCGAGAUGGAGCAAGUGGCGGUGUCGCUAGUGUAUAUCAUGUGGGACCCAACGGAUGGAAGAAACUCUCUGGGGAUGAUGUUGCUGAACUUCACUACAAUUACUAUCCAGUUGAAGCAACAGUGGUAGAACACGAGAUGGCUGAGACUUCGACAGCUUGAGGGGAGAUGGCUGUUUAAAUCUCUCUUUCUGUAACUCCUUUCCAAGUACUGUUUUAGGUUCUCCAACAACUUCUGGAACAGGGCUGUUGCACACCAAAGCAAUUUAUUUCUGCUGCCAUUUUUUUUGGGUUCUGAAACUUAAAAUUAAAGCUUUACUUGGCGCCGGAUGUUUGUGCUUAUGUAUUUAACAUUAUUGUUUGAUGAUCUUUAUAUUCCUACUACCUUGGUUUCUUUCUCCUU